AUGAAGGUCGCUCGUGUCGCGAUAUUGCCGCUGCACGCGCCGCGUGCGCUUCACUCGAGCUCGAUCGACGAACUGAACUCGGGCCGCGCGCGCUCGUGUUCGUUGCCGCGCGAGCCUCCCCUUAAGAGUGAAAGUCUGCAAAAAGAUCGGUGCUCCGUGCGAUACAAUCACUUGGGCGACGGCGAGGCGCGCGCCAAGGGAAUAUCACCUCUAUGCGUCGACGAAGCCCAUCGGUCUGAGCUUCAGUGCGAGCCUCGGCGCGCUUCGAACUCCGGUCCCCGAGGUCAUUGCCGCGCCUUCGGUGGACCAAUGAGGAGCGCGCUCAGACGAGCGCGGCCAGCCAUUGGAGGGCCGCGGAGACCUCGCCCCGCUCGCCUCGCCGCGCGCGCGAGUUCGAAGACCCGAACCUUGCGGGCGCUCCGCGGCCAAGGUCGCGCGAGAGCGGUGCCGACUGAGAGCGCGGCCGCGCGUUCGAGCAGGACACAGCAACACGGUUGCGUCACACUACGAAAAUAUUUUCGG